CUUUUGUAUGUUGAUGCUAUUCACUUUGACCUCCUGAAGAAAAGAUGAUUAAAAAGUCCCCAUUUAUUGAGCACGAAUUUGAUUGAAUUUGAAAAUUUGUUUCCAUAUUAUCAGACCGCCUAAAUAUUCAAGAACAUCAUGGCAAGCCAAUGUGACAAAAGUGCACACCAGCAGUACAAACGGCACUACGUACAUCACACUGACCAUGUCGCCGCUAGUGUAGUUCUGUUCCAAGUAAAAACCCGAUGAGGAUGAUGAAAUUCUGUCUCCUUCUUGCCUCCUACCACCAGGGCGGCGGAGGCGGACCACUUUUCGCCGGCGCGGUGUGGGAUCGAUUGUUUGGCCGGGAAGAUGAAGAUGGUUUCUUAGGGCCAGCACAUGAUGUUCCUGCUCCUCGAGAGCAGAAGAAGGACUUGACGUUGAGCGGAGGAGAAUCUUCUACUUUCGCCACGACUUCUAGUUCUGCCACGACUUCUAGUUUCGCCGGAGACGAGCACAAGACCAGUUCGUCGCCCUCUCUCUUGACGACCGAUGCGCAGGCGGCAGCGGCCAGUCUUCCUGGUGCGCACGACCAGAAGAUGUUGAAGAAGUAUCGGCUGCGGGGAUCGAAAAAUCAACACUUCUUGGAGGACAACGCCGCUAGUACAACUUCUUCCCAGGACCACGACGGGCACAAUAUCGAGAUGGACGGUUUCAAUACCGCGGCCGCGGGAGCGCUGCAGACGCAGACCACUUCUGCGGAUAAAGAUCCUGCUGAUGAAAUAGAAAACCAGGAACAAAUUAUAGCGCCAAACACGUCGAAAGAGAACACGAACCCAGGUGCAGCAGCUACCGGGAAGGGCGUUCUUGAGCGCAAAAGUUCCAAGCACAAGAACCACGGGGACCACUUCUACACGAGCACAACAGGAGCGAAGUACAACGAACAACCGGCGGAAGUACAAGUAGACGGGCAACAUCAACCCGAAGCUCCUGCAGCUGCGUUCCUGAACACCAGGGUUACAAGUACAACUGUGGCCGAUGAUGACACACCUCCUCCUCGUCCCCCAUCUCAUACUAUGUUGAAGUCGAAAACGCCCCCGGCCCCGGCCUCCCCGCACAGCUUAUCAACCAGAACCACGAGGACUACACUGCAGCCUCAAGAAGUUCUUGUCGGAGCUCCUGUUGCAGUGCUACCACAGCACGACGAUAUUAACACAGGCUCGGCUUCAUCGUCGUUUUUGGGUCGUCGUUGUUUCGGUGAUGGGGGCGGAUGUGGUGGUAGUCAACAAGCUCCUCCAGCAGGCGCUCCCCCGCCGGCGCCCAGGGCGCCUGGUACAACUCCUACGCCGAAAAAUUUGAAUCAGAACCAGCAACAAUCCACAACUCCUGUUGCUGUUGUAUGGCGUUCUCAAACGUUACAUUCUGAACUGUUACGUGGAUUUGUAAUGCAAGAACAGCAACAGUGAAACAGGCAAGAUUGCAGCUUUCGCAUCACAGAUUUUCCACAGAUCAUCAUGCUGCUUAGCGCUUCAAAAAUUUGUCAUGCUAAGCACGUUGAUCAAGUGGAGGGUGGUGGCAGUUUUGCAUGACAAAUCCGUGUAACAGUUGAGAACGUAACACUUGAGAACGCCAUAUGUUGCGGGAGCACCAGGCCUUCCGCUUGCACCGGGAGGUGCUGGCGGUGUCCUCUCGUCUUCCGGGGGUGAUCCUGGCGCCCCUGGUGCAACCCGGCAACCCCUGUUGCAGAGCAGUGCAGCGCAAGUGCCUGCGCCAGCAGGUAGCGCAACUUCAGCGCAACCAUUACUGCAGAGCAGUGCAACUACAGCCCCGCUUGCGCCCGGACCUCCUCCUGGUGGGAGUCUUCAACCUCCGCCCCCAGAGGCGAGGACGAUGUUGACCACCAGAACGUCGGUCCAACAGCGCGCCGAGGGCGGACUCCCACCUCCAACCACAACUGUGCCAAGCAGUGCGACAACUACGGGUGCUGCCCCGCUUGCAACAAGUGCAACUUUUGGUGACUCCUCUACUUCCACUGCGUUGCGACCUCCCGGACCACCGUUCGCGCCCUCGGGCGGCGGGGGCGCGGAAUCGGUCUAUCAACCGGGAAUAGGCCCUACCCAGCGUGUAGUUGGAGUUGCAACUGGACCUGGAGCAGGCGGAUCGCCACCUCUGGCGACGACUACAUUGACGGCUCCUGGCGCACCUGCUCCGCCCGUGCCGACCACGACGACGAUGACCACUCCGUCCGGUGUUGUACCCGAAGGUCCGCCCCCCGGUGGUGAUGUGGGCACCAGCUCGGGUGGUCGAGGUGGGACGACCGCAGUUGAUGCUGGUCCUGAUGUUGAGAAAGCACCUGAACUACAACCACUACCUGUUAAGGUUUUGCGCCCCGAGGACUGGUCUCUGGCGGAAAUGCAAAAUACACUGCCUCAAGGAGACAGCAAAGCAAAGGAGAUGCUUAUUCCAGAGCAAAAACAAUUGAGCCCACGACUAACGAGGACCCUAGAGUCGGUUACAGUUCAACAUGAAUAUUAUCGCAUACAUGGUUGUGGUUCUACUUUCGUGGUUUGAUAACCACGAAUGUAGAACCAGCAUAUAUCUUCCAGUAAUACGCAUGACAAUCAAGUAGAAGUACAAGAACAGGUCUCCUGGGGUCGUCAUCGUCAAUGGCCAUGAGGCUACUUUCUUUCUCCUAGCAUAUACGAUGCGGAAAUCGCUAAAGCGGACGUACGCACGAAAAUUUUGGUGGAAAAUGUGAUGGGCUGGAAGCUUUCUACCUCGCCAGAUCAACCUUCACCGGAAGGUCUUUCGACUGGUGCAACAACUACUGGCGAAGCAAGCGAUGAUCCGAAGACAACGACCGUCCGCGUCCGCAAGUGUUAUCAAGAUACGAAGAUCAGUAUCCUGUGUGAAAACGUCCCCACCCCGCAGUCAAGAUGGGAAAUUUGCUAGACAAAUCCACAAGUUUUGGGACUAGCGCAUGACAAGUUUGGGGACGCAGCAUAGUCCUGCCUAGGUACUUGUUAGCCGCGACGCAUUACAGCUCCACUCAUCUCUUAUCCUGAUUCGCGCAUGACAGAUUACCAAACACGAGCAGAAAAUGCCCGUCAUGCUGAGCCGCAUGAUAGAUGUUUCUGGGCAUACAGAUUUGCACGACAACUUCUUUGGAUUGGGGACGUUUUUUCUCUGGAUAUGCAAGGGUGUUGGUCCGAGCAAUUUCAUCGAACAUUUCUUCGUGACAUUUGACCUUCCGGACGGCACGGAGUGGACGUCCGAGUAUGGUCCGAACGGCGGCGUGGAUAUGGAUUCUGCAAACAUGUCCUCUGGGUCAUCAUAUUGUUGAAGGGUCGUCCACCAGGUUUGUCAUGCUUGGCCAGUAUGACUUGUCUCAACGAUCUGUGAUGCACGUUCUUACCCAAAAACCGCAGCUCCUUGCUGUCAUGCACAAAACAAAGCGGUUUGCCAUGCAGAAAGGGCACCAGUACCACCUAGCGCCCCAAAGCAUUUAUUAUGCUUGGUUGUGAAUCUGAAUGGAGGCGUCCUCAUGACUGUCCCACCCGCAUCACAAGUUUCCAGACUCCGACAUGUUUGCACUUGAUCGCGGACACCUAUGAGAGCAGGAAGGACAAUCGGAGGCUCGCGAGAUUGAGUUAUUUCAUGUGCAAGCAUUAUAUUAAACAAGUAUCGAGUACUCGGACUCGGACAAUGAAUUGCGGUUGCGCAUGACAAAUCUAACUUUCCACCUUAAUAUGCUCCAGCAUGAAAAAUUGCAUUUUUCUUCGAUCAUCUUGUUCUACAACGUACUUCGGAAAUGAAAUUCGUACGUGCAAUUCAUUGCUACGAAAAGUAAAAAGUACUUAGUGCGCUACUUUUGCGAUGCAUAGGAGUGGCCUAUCAGAUGAUACUGGGCAGGCCCCUUUAGACGAUGCUGCGUGGGAGAAUUUCAAGCAACAGGACCGGGAUUUCCAGGCCAGACAAGAUGAGUUCGGUGUGCAAGACUGGGGAGACUACAUGGCAGCGUAUCGGGCCCUUGGCAAACAAGAUCCCGCCAUAUGCCUAAAAAUGCAAAUAUGUCUGAAUCUGGAAGAGCGCACUUGUUUAUUGUCAUGCAUCUUCUCGUGGACCAAGCAAGAGCAACCAGAUGGACUGGAAGACUAGAUACACAGAGAAGCAUGACAGAUUCUUGCACAGGAGCUUCCUAAUGCCCAAUCUGCAUGUUGAGAAAUUCGCUCUAUGCGUACAACUAGCAAGAAAAAAUAAUGUGGGUAUCUCUUGGCAAGACCAAGAGAUAUUUGUCUGUUCAUCCAGACACAUCAGACUUGGCAAGACACGUGGCAGUGUAAUUUCAGACACCAUGAUUGGGAUAUUUGCACUGGAUACGCCGGCGAAGCGAAAAACCAAUAUAAAUCGCCGUGGUUGUGUGCGUUUCAGAAAGGCGCUGUCCAAAAGGUCGCGAAAGCCUGGAGAAACGACAAGAGCACACUUUUGCAGACCGGAAUCAGCGCUUUGAUUGAGCCGGUCUGGGAAAACUUCGAAUUCGAAGUUAUGGGGCUGAACAAUGGAUAUCAAGAGGAAAAAUCCCCCCUCCCCAUAUCGAAAUGGAAAUCUGUGAUGCAGGAUUUGUGCACACAAAUCGGAUUUGUCCUGCGGUAGAGGACUGCAGACAGAUACAAAGCCCGGAAAGGGGCGGCUUGGGGUAGGCACUUAGCAUGGCAGACGUCUGCCCUAGUAGCGUAGCAGCAUCACAAAUCGCCUGCGAAAUGCAGCGGAAGCCCUGGCUUUGCUCUCUUGCAGGAUAGACUACAUCUGUGGCGACAAAUCAGCAUCACAAAUUUUGAAAAGCGCGCCUUUUCGAUAUGGGGAGGGGGGAUUUUUCCUCACAAUAAUGGCGAAGAAUUAAAGAAGCGCCUCAACCAGCUCGCCGUUGCGACCGGUUUCGUCGCGGGAGAAUACAGCGCUCUUCGGCCAUACGGCAAGAACUGUCAAACGUGGACGAACGAAGUGGCUAACGCCCUCCGGACGCAGAACGAUUACGAGUUGAACGUGAGCCAAAAGUCUCGGUUUUGGCCCGGUGGUUCUCGCCUCCGGACGGGAAAGGAUUUUUCGGACCCAGAACAAGGCCCAAAUUACUUGGUGGAAACGCGAGCCCCGGAGCUGGAAAAGAAGCUCUACGCGUUCCGGGUAUGAUAUUGAUAAUGCACAUAGGUCUGGGUCUAAAUAAAGAAUUGAACAACUUGUGAUGCGAAUUUUGCCGGACACAAAAAUCUGUGUUGCAUGAGCACCAAUAGUUGUUCAUUUCUCGCAACGCAAAAAGCCGAUUUCCCAUGCAGAAAAGGCAUGAUAGGACGGCAUGUGCACAACUUGUAAUGCGCUUGUCCGCAUUCCAGGCCACAACCACAUAUGUGGUUCAGAACACGCAUGGCAAACAGUCGUGUCGAAGUCUUUCAGACCCAGACAUGUUUGCACAUUCGAUAUCGGGAGCUAUGAAAUGCAAAAAUGUCUGGGUCUGGAAGGAUCCGAACUUGCGAUGCGCAUUUUAGAACACAGAAAAAUCUCUCAUGCAUGGGUAGCAAAAGCUGCCGACUUUUUGCCACCAAAAUGGGGGAUUUCUCAUGCGGAUUCGGCAUUGCGGAAGCUUCUCGAAACCUGUGAUGCUAGAGCCUCCAUGCCAGACCUUCUGUGUCAUGCAAAAACAGCAUGACUCUUCCAGACCCAGACAUUUUUACAUUUGAUAGGAGCGCCUACGCAACAAGAGCUGUGAGCCGGGAAUGGACCCGCGGAAAAAAGAGGCGUACAUCUCGCUGUUUGCUAUUCCACGAAAAAAACGUUGUUAGUGUAAAUUAGUGAUGCGCAACAUGCAAGAUGAUUGCGUCCGUCAUGCUUGGCAUGCAUUGCAGGGUCCAUGAACAAAGGGCGUUCUUACGUACUAUCUGCGCAUGACAGGUUUUUGCUGUCAUGCCAGACAGAUUUGUAAUGCUGUUCCUCCAAAAAAGUGACAAUUACAAUGUUUUUUUCUUGGAUAUUCGCCUACCACAGUCUCUUGCUCAAAUUCUGGAUACAAGAAGUGGACACUCUCUUGCAGAAACAUGGACUUUAGGCACUGCAAAAGGUUCUUCGUACUUACUCGUAGAAGUCGUAGUUGUGAUUCUUGCAAGAAGUAUGCAUUAUGCAACAAGUUUCAUCUACUUCCUAGAGGUAAAAAAUAUGCAUUGCGCCUUGCAUUUCUCAUGCUGAGAAAAUUUGUUAAAGCAAUCCCAUACCCAUAGUACGACCACGAUCUCGAAAUGAUCUCGAUGCCUUUGCAGUGCAUAAAGGUGACGCGCUUCGCAAACGGAACGCAAACGCUGAAAUCGCGAAAAUUUCCAUCCAAGCCGAGUGCCCACCACCCAGGCGUAUCAAAUGUAAAAAUGUCUGGGUCUGGAAGAUUGCCAGGUUUGUCAUGCAUAUUUUGAAUGACCCAGGAUCGAUCUGUGAUGCAUGCCUUAGCAUCACAGAUUUUCAGAGGACUUUGUGAUGUAGUCUCUACCGCAUGAGAAAUGCCCUCGUCUUCACGGAGCACAAACUGGAGUUGUCCUUUUGCUGGUCAUGCAAUACAAAUUUUUUUAGAAUCCAGAGACAGCAUGACAAGUUUGAAAUCUUCCAGAGGACCCAGACAUUUUUACGUUUGAUAAGGCGAGUCGGUCACCUAUAUCCUGGACACUAAGCAGCUAUUGGCCUCGCUCUCCGAACGCCGAUCGUACUGUUCUAGUCCCAGAGCGACCAUUUUUUGUGCUUGUGAUUUGUCGUUGCACAGUUUGUAAUGUCAAGAGUAGAAGACCUCCCUUGCUGCAGAUCCAGCAACGAUGGUGGUCUUCUGUUUGUUAUGCAAAACCGGCACGGCGCGUGUCGUCCUUGCGAUGUAUUUUUUUUUUUCGCCGUAGCUUUAUAUUUUCUCAUUUACAUUUUUCGACUUUGAUUUUUGGGUACUAUCUUCCUUCUUGUUUGAAUGAAUUAAGAUUAACAUCUUCAUAAAAAUGAUCCUAUAUCAGUCGCGCUUUUGACGAUACCGGUAGCCUGCUUAAUAAUUGCUGAACAUGAAAAUGUUUGUUUGUAUGGUUCAUGUGUGCUUUUUCAUCUGAUUAUAGCGCUACACCAAGAUCGAUGUUGUUAAAGCUACUUGACUUUUUUGAUGAAAUGCCAGUGCUCUUUUUUUCUGACAUUACAGCCGUACUAUCGUCUGUGUAUCGCUGCACCGAUGCCGCGUCGUAGAAAAUGAAUAUCAACGUAGUCGGGGAAAUCGCAUUUGUCCACAUCGGUCGCGCUGUGAAGUUCUGGCGCUUUCUUGUUUUUAGGAAAACAUCAUGGUCCUGCGCAAAUCGGCAAAAAAUCGCUAUCUCCUUGGUUGUACCACUAUAUUUCCUCCUCUCUAGUACUAGCACGCAGCUUGUAAGAAUCAUGUCGGUUCGAACUCCUAACUACAAGAAGUGCUGUCCCGAUCGGUUGUAGUCCAUUCGUGCAUAGACUUCUCCGAAUGGUCAACAUCGGUUGCACACGACAAACAGGUGGCUUGCUGUGGUCUUCGGCAUCGUCGCACAUAAGUUGUACCUAGGUCGCGCGCACUUGCUACCUAUCGCCGACGUGAUAUUAAUUUUAAUGCAAGUGCU